AUGCCUCCAAAGAAGCGCUCGCGGCUGCAGGUGUCUUCAACGCCAACCACCAUCAGAGAAGACAGCGCUAUGGACGUUGAUACGCCUCGAUUAAGCGUGACCCCGGGCUAUUCAUCCUCGGCUUUCAAACCAAUCAUACCCGUGACCCCGUACGACAAUCUCUGGACGGAUGACCAGAUAUCCUCACUAUUCAAAGGCGUCAUUCGCUGGAAACCUGCUGGAAUGCACAAGCACUUUCGAAUGAUUGCAAUCUCAGAGCAUCUGCGCAACCACGGCAUCGAUCCCGACAUCCACCGACACACGCGAAUCCCAUACAUAUGGGAAAAGCUACGCACCUACUACGACCUCGACCUGAUUGACGAGCGCGAAAACUUUGACGACGACGAGGCCGAGGAUAAGUACAUCGAGUUCUCGCUGCCGUUUCACGAUUUCGGCGACUUGAUGCUGCAGCGGGCCAUUGCGGACCCGAGCGAAGCGCCCACGUCGCCUCGCCAGCUGGAGUUUUCGCCGCCGCCAUCUUCCUCUAUACCGCAGAAGCGCGCACGAGCAAGCGCUGCAUCGAAGACGAGGGGCGUAUCAGUCGAGAAUCCCGAGAGUGCUGCUGUGUCUUCUUCUGCACCGUCGCCGGCAGCGGCAGCAGCAGCAAAGCCAGCAAAAGGCACGCGGGGCCGCAAAAGAGCGACGAGCCAGCCCAAGGUGGAAAAGGAAAAGGUGGUGGAAAACUCCGAAGACGAUGACGAAGAAGAAUCAGACGAGGAGGAGGAAGAAUCUGGCUCAGAAGAGAGUGACAGUGGAAGCGCAGAAAGCGGAACUCCCGCGCCGAAACAAGCGAGAGGAGGCCCUGGGAGAGGUCGUGGACGAGGCCGUGGACGAGGCAGAAGAGGGAGAGGAAGGGGAGGCUAA